CUCAGCAGUCAGAACUCAGAUCAACUCCUCCUACCGAAGCUAAACUCUAGCUUUCACCAAGAAAGAAAAGGACCCGCUGUGAGCAGAGCAGCAGACUGAAACUACUGAGCCGACAGGAGAUCCACUUGAUCCGAAGUUCCUGAGACCAGAGGAAGACUUCCCCAAAGAGGUUUAGAAAGGGUCUGAAUUUAUUCUAAAGAAGAGAAGAUGUUUGCUAACAAGGAGAAGGUCAUCUGGCUGCCUCUGCUCUGCUUGAUUUACUCAUACGCGGCUGCAGGUCAGGAGUGCAGCGGUCAGUGUUCCUGCCCCUCCGCGCCCCCUCGGUGCCCCCCAGGAGUCAGCUUGGUCCUGGAUGGUUGCGGCUGCUGCAGGGUGUGUGCCAAACAGAUGGGGGAGCUCUGCACUGACAAAGACGUGUGUGACCCGCACAAAAACCUCUUCUGUGACAUUGGAGCCCCCAUCAGCAGGCGCAUUGGGGUGUGCACAGCUCGGGAGGGGGCCUCUUGUGUGUUUGGAGGCACGGUGUACAAAAGUGGGGAGACCUUCCAGAGCAGCUGCAAGUACCAGUGCACAUGUAUGGACGGUGCCAUGGGCUGCGUCCCGCUGUGCUCCAUGGACAUCCGGCUGCCCAGCCCAGACUGCCCCAUGCCAAGGAGAGUCAAGGUCCCGGGAAAGUGCUGCGAGGAGUGGGAGUGUGAUUCCCCCUACAAAGACACCCUGCUAGGCCCCGCUUUGUCUGCUUUCAGAGAGGAGGAGACCUACGGCCCAGAUCCCAACAUGAUGAGGGAGAACUGCCUGGUUCAGACCACAGAAUGGAGCGCCUGCUCAAAGACCUGCGGCCUCGGCAUCUCCACCAGGGUCACCAAUGACAACCACGAAUGCCGGCUAGAGAAACAGACCCGACUCUGUAUGGUGCGACCCUGUGAGUCACAGAUGGAGCAAAGCAUCAAGAAAGGAAAGAAGUGCAUCCGGACUCCCAGGGUCUCAAAGCCCAUGAAGUUUGAAAUCUCCGGCUGCACCACCACCAAGUCCUACAGGCCCAAGUUCUGCGGCGUCUGCCUGGACGGCCGGUGCUGCACCCCCCACAGGACCACCACCCUCCCCAUGGAGUUCAAAUGUCCCGAUGGGCAGGUCAUGAAGAAGCACAUGAUGUUCAUCAAGUCGUGCGCCUGCCACUACAACUGUCCCGGGGAGAACGACAUCUUCGAGGCCAUGUACUACAAGAAGAUGACGGGUGACACGGUAUAAGUUGGGAGGGGGAGGGGGGCUGCACGACAGCCGCGGACUUAAAAAAGUAGAACUCCGUCUCAGUGAAAGCUUAGUCCAAGACAGACACUCGUGGAAGUGUCUGCUCGCCUGCCAGCAUGCUAGCCUCGCAGAGUCAGACAGAGGGUUGCCUAGCAACCCCAAGCACGUCCUGCACUAUGACUUCUGUUAUUUAACAGAAAAACCUACUGUUAUCUUGUCCUUACUUUUAAAGUCCUGCUCACAAGCAGUUUUCUGUUGUUGUUUUUUUUACUAAAAUGUGUUAAGUUCUUGAUCUGAGGUUUCUGAUGAGUCCACCCCGCCCUGUAAAGUCACGCAGCUAUGAGGGCGGACCACAGAGGCUCAGUGUUCUGCCGUCCGUGCAGGUGUGAGUGUGUUAUUUUGAGAGUGAGUGCAGGAAUGAAUGACAGCCUUGUCUGGGAGGAAUCUGCAGGAAAGGUCAGAGUUUCCUCCCAGCACAUGGGUGGGAAAGAAGGCAGCAACUCGCGUCAUACGAAAACACGCAGAGCCCAGCCGACUUUGCCAGGGCACUGAGAAAUCCACAAGCAUGAGUGUGUUAACUUCAACUAAUACUGACUGGGGUCGAUAAGAAUCCGAGAGAACAUGUAGUUUGUACAAAAUAGAAGAAAUGACUGGAAGAAUUGUGAUUUCAUUCCUUAUUUGAAGUGUUAAUAUGUAAAUUCUGUAUAAAUGUGUACAGUUAAGUUAAUUUAAAAAAGAAAGAUUGGUUCUGUGCUUUCAAUGUAUCAACAGUCUGUUUGUUGUUGGUUGUAAUUUCUAUUUUAUUGAGAAAUGUGACCAAAAUGUCACAUGUUUGACUUUGUAGCUGGAAAUAAAAUCUAUAUUUUUAUAAAAA